AUGUCCUCAUCGUUCCUGUGGUGUAUGGUUAUUUUACUGACAUUUGCUGAAUCACAUGAUGAAGCUGGAAGAUUUGAGUUGCAGAGGCAAAAAAGGAAUGCUGACCUCCAACAGCCCCGAAUGGCUACAGAGAGAGGAAAUUUAGUGUUUCUUACUGGGUCUGCUCAAAACAUUGAAUUUAAAACUGGAUCCCUGGGGAAAAUUAAAUUAAAUGAUGAAGACCUUGGCGAGUGUUUACAUCAGAUCCAGAAAAACAAAGAUGAUAUUACAGAUUUAAAAAGGAGUGCAGUUGGUCUGCCCCAAAAUAUUUCUAGUGAAAUCCAUCAGCUUAAUUCCAAGUUUGUGGAUCUUGAGAGAAAAUUUCAAAGCUUACAGCAGACCGUUGACAGAAAGGUUUGCGGCAGCAAUCCCUGCCAGAACGGUGGCACCUGCCUCAAUCUUCACGAUUCCUUCUUCUGCAUCUGCCCUUCCCAGUGGAAGGGGCCUCUGUGCUCGGUGGAUGUGAACGAGUGUGAGGUGUACUCGGGGACGCCCUUCAGCUGCCAGAAUGGAGCCACGUGCAUCAACACGGCCGGGAGUUACAGUUGUCGCUGCUCGCCCGACACACACGGCCCCCAGUGUGCAUCCAAAUACAAUGACUGCGAAGGGGGCUCCCAGGCGCUGUGUGUCCACGGCAUCUGCGAGGACCAAGUCCGCGUGCAGGAUGGACAGCCCAGGUACAGCUGCAUCUGCGAUGCUGGCUGGACGUCCCCAGAGAACAGCUCGGCCUGCACACUGGACAUGGAUGAGUGCAGCCUCUGGCCAGCGCCGUGCUCGGCUCUGGUGCAGUGUUUCAACACUCCGGGCUCUUACCACUGUGGGGCCUGUCCCGCAGGCUGGAAAGGAAAUGGAUAUGAUUGCCAAGAUAUUAAUGAAUGUGAGAUAAACAAUGGCGGUUGUUCUGUGGCUCCACCUGUUGAGUGUGUGAAUACACCUGGAUCUUACCACUGUCGGGCCUGUCCGCCAGGGUACCAGGGCGACGGCAGAGUGUGCACGCUCGUCGACGCCUGUUCGGUCAACAACGGAGGCUGCCACCCACAGGCGUCGUGCUCCUCGGUCCCAGGUUUCUUACCUCUCUGUACUUGUCUCCCGGGAUAUACUGGAAAUGGUUUCGGCCCAAAUGGAUGUGUGCAACUCAGUAAUAUUUGCCUGAGUCGCCCCUGUUUAAAUGGACAAUGCACCGACACAGUGUCUGGUUAUCUUUGUAAGUGUGACUCGGGCUGGGCUGGCAUCAACUGCACAGAAAACAUCAAUGAGUGUCUGAGCAGCCCCUGUUUGAAUGGGGGGACAUGUGUCGAUGGCAUUAAUGCUUUCAGCUGUGAAUGCACACGUUUCUGGACUGGACCCCUCUGCCAGACUCCCCAGCAAGUCUGUGGAGGGUCCCUCUCAGGGCUGAACGGGAGCUUCACCUACAAGAGCCCUGACGUUGGUUAUGUUCAUGACGUUAACUGCUUCUGGGUUGUUCGAACUGAAGAGAGAAAGGUUCUGCGCAUCACUUUCACGUUUUUCCAGUUAGAACCAGUGAGCACUUGUCCACAUGAGUUUCUUCAGAUUCACGACGGAGCGUCCUCCGCAGCGUUCUCGCUUGGCAGGUUCUGCGGCUCCAGCGCCCCUCAGGAGCUGCGCAGCAGCGACAACGCUCUCUAUUUCCAUUUCCACUCGGAACACUUAAAAAAUGACAGAGGCUUCACGAUAAUAUGGGCAACACAGCAACCAGAAUGUGGGGGUGUACUGACUGGCACUUAUGGUUCUAUUACGUCUCCGGGGUAUCCUGGGAACUACCCCCCAGGACGGGACUGUGUCUGGAGAGUCAUAACCAGCCCCGGCCUUGUGAUAACGUUUACCUUUGGGACCUUGAGUCUGGAGCACCAUGAUGACUGCAGCAGAGACUAUCUCGAGAUCCGAGAUGGUCCCUUGAGUCAGGAUCCUGUUCUUGGGAAAUUCUGCACCACUCGGUCUGUCCCACCACUCCGGACGACAGGCCCCUUUGCCAGAAUUCAUUUUCAUUCGGACAACCAGAUUAAUGACCAAGGCUUCCAUAUCACCUACCUAACAUCACCUUUGGAUCCACAUUGUGGAGGGAACUACACAGACCCAGAGGGUCCUCUCUCCCUUGAAUUGUCUGGACCUUUCACCUACAACAAACAAUGCAUCUAUAUCAUAACUCAACCCCUGGGAGAACAAAUACAGGUGAACUUCACCCAUGUGGAGCUGGAAGGCCAGAGUGGCUGUUCUCAGAGUUACAUUGAGGUCCGAGAUGAUGAUACUUUACUUGGAAAAGUCUGUGGCAGUGAAACCCUCUCUCACAUUAAAUCGAUUACUAAUAGUAUCUGGAUCAGGUUUAUAAUCGAUGCUUCUGUUGUAAGAGCUGGUUUCAGAGCUGUUUAUCAAGUGGCUUGUGGAGGUGAAUUAACUGGAGAAGGGGUCAUUCGCUCACCCUUUUAUCCUAACGCGUAUCCAGGAGAAAGGAUCUGUAGGUGGACUAUCCAGCAACCCCAAGGCCAAGUAGUUCUUCUCAACUUCACUGGCUUUGAAAUUGGAAGCUCGUCCCAGUGUAAUACAGAUUACAUUGAGAUUGGUAGUAGUUCCAUUUUGGGUUCUACUGAAAAUAAAAAAUAUUGUGGCACAGACAUACCUAUGCUUAUAACAUCCAUGUACAAUUUCCUUUAUGUCAUAUUUGUGAAAAGUUCUUCUACUGAAAACCGUGGUUUCAUGGCUAAGUUCAGGACUGAAGAUUUGGCAUGUGGGAAAACUCUUACAGAGCCAACAGGAACUAUUGAAAGUCCUGGUCAUCCAAAUAUCUACCCCCAUGGUAUCAACUGUACCUGGUAUAUAUUAACCCAACCUGGCUACCUGAUAAAUUUGAUAGUCAGGAGAUUUCAUCUGCAGUUUCAUUACAAUUGCACAAAUGACUAUCUGGAAAUUUAUGACACUGGUUCUGGGACAUCUCUUGGGAGAUAUUGUGGAAAAUCAUUCCCACCCUCUCUUACCAGCAAUAGCAACUCAUUAAUGCUUGUGUUUGUGGCUGACGCUGACCUCGCUUAUGAAGGCUUUUUAAUAAACUAUGAAACAACUAAUGCAUCAGCAGUAUGCUUGGAAGAUUAUACAGAAGAAUCUGGCACGUUCACUUCUCCAAACUUCCCCAGUAAUUACCCCAACAACUGGAAAUGCGUUUAUAGGAUCACGGUGGGAACCAGCCAACAGAUUGCAUUGCACUUCACAAACUUCUCCUUGGAGGGGGCCAUUGGUGGAGAAUGUAUAGGAGAUUUUGUGGAAAUCAAAGAUGGAGGCUAUGAAACUUCACCAUCCCGGGGAAAAUACUGUGGCUCAGAUCUGCCUCCAAGAAUCAUCUCUCACAGUAACAAAUUAUGGGUGCAAUUUCAGAGUGACGUCUUUGACUCAAGGUCUGGAUUCUCAGCUUACUGGGAUGGAUCAUUAACAGGUUGCGGGGGCAACCUCACCACUCCCACGGGCACGUUCACGUCUCCCAACUACCCGAUGCCCUAUUACCACAGCUCCGACUGCUCCUGGCUGCUGAGAUCCAGCCACGGCAGCCCGUUUGAACUGGAAUUUGAGGAGUUUCACUUGGAGCAUCAUCCAGACUGCACUGCAGAUUAUCUGGCUGUAUAUGACGGCCCAAGUACCAGCUCUCAUCUGCUAACUCAGCUUUGUGGGAAUGAGAAACCGCCCCUAAUUCGUUCUAGUGGAGACAGCAUGUUUUUAAAACUGAGGACAGAUGAAGGUCAGCAAGGAGGUGGCUUCCUGGCCAAAUACCAGCAGACAUGUGAGAACGUGAGGAUUGUGAAUCAAACCUAUGGCAUCUUAGAGAGCAUACAUCAUCCAAACCCCUAUGCUGACAAUCAGCGUUGCAACUGGACCAUCCAAGCAACGACGGGCAACACCGUGAAUUACACAUUUUUAGAAUUUGACUUGGAAGAUCACAUAAACUGCUCCACUGACUAUUUAGAGCUCUAUGACGGCUCACGCAGGAUGGGGCGCUACUGUGGAAAAGAGAGGCCGCCUUCAGGGAGUACGGCCGGCUCCAUUCUUCGGGUGCUGUUCCACACUGACGGGGUUGGCCACGUCGAGAAAGGGUUCCGGAUGCAGUGGUUCAUCCAUGGUUGUGGUGCGGAGCUGUCUGGGGCCUCGGGCUCCUUCAGCAGCCCCGGGUACCCCAACACGUAUCCCCCCAGCAAGGAGUGCAUAUGGUACAUUCACACGGCUCCUGGGAGCAGCAUCCAGCUCACCAUCCACGACUUUGAUGUGGAGUAUCACGAAAGCUGCCACUUUGACGUCCUGGAGAUCUAUGGAGGCCCUGAUUUCCACUCUCCCAGAAUAGCCCAGCUGUGUGCCCGGAGAUCAUCUGAGAAUCCCAUGCAGGUCUCCAGCACAGGAAAUGAGCUAGCAAUUCGAUUUAAGACCGACAGCUUCAUAAGUGGGAGAGGCUUCAAUGUCUCAUGGCAAGCCAUCCCUGGAGGUUGUGGUGGGAUUUUCCAGGCUCCCAGUGGAGAGAUUCAUUCUCCAAAUUACCCCAGUCCUUAUAGGAGUAACACCGACUGUUCCUGGGUCAUUCGAGUGGAAAAACAUCACCGUGUUCUCUUGAACUUCACUGACUUUGACCUUGAACCUCAGGACUCUUGUAUUAUAGUAUAUGAUGGUGUGAGCUCCGCAACUACCCGCCUUGCUCGGGGGUGUGGAAGGCAGCAGCUGACUAGCCCCAUCACCUCUUCAGCAAACAGCCUGUUUGUGAGAUUUCAGUCUGGUCCUUCCAGACAGAGCAGGGGCUUCCGAGCUCAUUUCAGGCAAGUCUGCGGAGGCUACAUCCUCACCAACUCGUUGGGUACAAUAUCCUCUCCACUGUUCCCUGCCAAGUAUCCGGACAAUCAGAACUGCAGCUGGAUAAUUCAAGCUCAACCUCCAUUUAAUCAUAUAACCCUCUCCUUUACCCACUUUGGACUUGAAAGCAGCACAAACUGCUCAGGAGACGUUUUAGAAGUUUUGGAUGGCAAUUAUGAUGACGCGCCCCUCCGAGGCCGCUAUUGUGGCAACUCCAUGCCACAGCCCAUCACCUCCUUCAGCCGGGCUCUGACUCUGAGGUUCGUCUCUGAUUCCAGUCUGAAUUCUGAUGGUUUCCAUGCCACAUACACUGCGUCGUCUUCAGCUUGCGGUGGAGACUUCCACAUGGCCGAAGGCACCCUCAACAGCCCUGGCUACCCGGAAGUUUAUCCCUCCGAUGUGGAAUGUGUCUGGAACAUUGUCAGUUCCCCUGGCAACCGGCUCCAGCUGUCUUUUAUAACUUUCCAGUUGGAGGAGUCUCAGGACUGUCGCAGAGACUUCGUAGAGAUCCGGAAAGAGAACGCCACUGGGCACCUGGUGGGAAGAUACUGCGGGAACGCCCUCCCCCUCACUUCCCCCUCCCUUGUUGCACACAGCCUGUGGAUCAGAUUUGUCUCGGACGCUUCUGGCACUGGUACAGGCUUCCAGGCCACAUUUGCUAGCAUAUUUGGCAAUGACAAUAUUGUGGGAACUCAUGGGAAAGUUGCCUCUCCCUUAUGGCCUGGAAAUUACCCUCACAACUCUGAUUACCGAUGGACAGUAAAUGUGAAUGCCUCUCAAGUUGUCCAGGGUCAAAUCUUGGAGAUGGACAUUGAAUCAACACACAACUGCCAUUAUGACAAAUUAAGGAUUUAUGAUGGUGCUGGCAUUCAUUCCCGCCCAAUUGGGACUUACUGUGGCACCCAGAUCCAAUCCUUUAGCUCCACAGGAAACUCCUUGACAUUUCAGUUUUCUUCUGACGCUUCAAUCUCAGGGAAAGGGUUCCUUCUGGAGUGGUUUGCAAGGAAUGCUGCUGCUGGACCCUUGCCCACCAUUGCGACAGGUGCGUGUGGUGGGUUCCUGAGGACCGGAGAGGCGCCCGUCUUUCUUUUCUCCCCAGGCUGGCCUGAGAACUACGGGAACCACGCUGACUGUACGUGGCUCCUCCAGGCCCCAGACUCCACUGUGGAACUCAACAUCCUCUCCCUGGACAUCGAAUCCCAUGGAACAUGCAACUACGAUAAACUUGUGAUCCGAGAUGGAGACAAUAACAUGGCCCAGCAGCUGGCCAUUCUCUGUGGCAGAGAGAUCCCUGGACCCAUCCGGUCUACAGGAGAGUACAUGUGGAUCCGGUUCACCUCGGACUUCAGUGUAACCAGAGCCGGCUUUAAUGCCUCCUUUCACAAGAGUUGUGGUGGAUAUUUGCAUGCAAACAGAGGGAUUAUCACAUCCCCCAACUAUCCGGAGACCUACCCUCCCAACCUCAACUGCUCUUGGCACGUUCUGGUUCCGAGCGGUCUGACCAUCGCGGUCCAUUUUGAGCAGCCCUUCCAGAUUCCCAACACGGACUCUUGUAACCAGGGGGAUUACUUGGUGCUGAAAAAUGGACCGGAUAUCUCUUCUCCGCCCUUGGGACCCCAUGGAGGAAAUGGUCACUUUUGUGGCAGUCGUCCUUCAUCCACUCUGUUCACCUCAGAUAAUCAAAUGUUUGUUCAGUUUAUUUCUGAUCAUAGAGUUGGAGGGCAAGGAUUUAAGAUCAAAUACGAGGCACAGAGUUUAGCCUGUGGGGGUAAUAUCUACAUCCACGAUGCGGAUUCUGUUGGCUACGUGACCUCCCCCAACCACCCAGACAAUUAUCCCCGGCACGCUGAUUGCAUUUGGCUCCUAGCUGCUCCUUCAGGAAAGCUCAUAAGGCUACAGUUUGAAGAUCAGUUCAGUAUUGAAUUCACACCCAACUGCACGUCCAAUUAUCUUGAGCUGCGAGAUGGAGCGGAUUCCAACGCCCCAGUAAUUUCCAAGUUCUGUGGAACGUCUUUGCCCGGCAGUCAGCUGUCCUCAGGAGAAGUGAUAUAUUUGAGAUUCCGGUCUGAUAACAGCUCCACUCACGUGGGAUUCAAGGCUAAGUAUUCUAUAGCCCAGUGUUGGGGAACGCUGACAGGGCAAAGUGGUGUCAUCCAGAGCGUCGGGUAUCCAACCCGCCCGUACUCGGAUGACUUGUUCUGUGAGUGGCAUCUCCGGGGUAUCUCAGGACACUAUCUCACCAUCCACUUUGAAGACUUUAACCUUCAGAAUUCCUCUGGCUGUGAAAAAGACUUUGUUGAGAUCUGGGAAAACCAUGCCUCUGGAAAUUUACUAGGAAGAUACUGUGGGAACAUCAUUCCUGACAGCAUAGACACUUCUAGCAACGUUGCUUUGGUCAGGUUUGUCACCGAUGGCUCUCUGACUGCCUCAGGAUUCAGCCUACGGUUUGAAUCUAGUCUGGAAGAAUGCGGUGGGGAUCUACAGGGCCCUACAGGAACAUUUACUUCUCCCAACUACCCCAACCCAAACCCUCAUGGCCGGAUCUGUGAGUGGAGAAUCGCUGUGCAGGAAGGCAAGCAGGUCACCCUAACUUUUCACAACCUGAGGCUGGAAGCUCAUCCGUCCUGCAACAGUGAGCGUGUGACAGUAUUCAAUGGCAUUAGAAGUAACUCACCCCAGCUGGGGAAGCUGUGCAGCAGUGGGAAUGUAAGUGAUGAGAUCCGAUCUUCAGGAAAUACAAUGAAAGUCGUUUAUUUCACUGACGGAUCCAGGCCAUAUGGAGGCUUCGCCGCGUCCUACACAUCCAGUGAAGACGCAGUGUGUGGCGGGUCCCUUACAAAUUCCCCUGGCGGAAACUUUACUUCUCCUGGCUAUAAUGGAGUCAGUAAUUACUCAAGAAACCUAAACUGUGAAUGGACUGUUAGCAAUCCAAAUCAGGGAAAUUCAUCCAUCUACAUUCAUUUUGAGGAUUUUUACCUAGAGAGUCACCAAGACUGUCAAUUUGAUGUCCUAGAGUUUCGAGUGGGUAAUGCUGAUGGGCCUCUGAUAUGGAGAUUUUGUGGACGUUUGUCAUCUGCAAUGCCAUUGGUUAUACCUUAUCCACAGGUAUGGAUACACUUUGUCACCAAUGAACGUGUAGAACAUAUUGGAUUCCAUGCAGAGUAUUUCUUUACAGACUGCGGUGGACUCCAGACAGGUGAGAGUGGAGUCAUUGCGAGUCCCAACUAUCCGGCCUCUUACGACAGCUUGACCCACUGUGCUUGGUUGUUGGAAGUCCCACAGGGACACACCAUCACUCUUACCUUUAGUGACUUUGAUAUUGAAGACCACUUCACCUGUGCUUGGGACUCUGUCACUGUCAGGAACGGUGGUUCUCCUGGAUCACCCAUAAUAGGACAGUACUGUGGCAGUUCAAACCCCAGUCCAAUCCAGUCUGGUUCUAACCAGCUGGUGGUGAUUUUUAAUUCGGAUCAUUCGGUGCAAAAUGGUGGAUUUUAUGCUACGUGGAGCACACAUACUUUAGGUUGUGGUGGAAUACUUCACUCAGAUAACGGUACAAUCAGAUCCCCUCACUGGCCUCAGAAUUUCCCCGAGAACAGCAGAUGUUCCUGGACCGUCAUUACUCAUGAAAGUAAUCACUUGGAGAUCAGCUUUGACAACAACUUCCUAAUCCCCAGUGGUGAUGGACAAUGUCAGAACAGCUUUGUCAAGGUGUGGGCAGGAACCGAGGCGGUGGACAAAGCCCUGUUGGCCACGAGCUGUGGGAACCUGGCUCCCGGUGCCAUCAUCACACCAAGAAAUGCGUUCACAGCCGUGUUCCAGUCUCAGGAAGCCCCGGCUCAGGGCUUCUCUGCCUCCUUUGUAAGCCGAUGUGGAAGUCAUUUUACUAAAUCUUCGGGUUACAUUAUUUCUCCAAACUACCCAAAGCAAUAUGACAACAACAUGAAUUGCACUUAUUUCAUAGAGGCUGAUCCUCUGUCUGUGGUUUUCCUGACUUUUGUGUCUUUCCAUUUGGAAGCUCGCUCAGCCGUAACGGGAAGCUGUGACAGCGACGGUGUGCACAUCAUCAGGGGUCACAGCGUAGCCUCCACACCCUUUGCUACCAUGUGUGGCGACGAGAUCCCGUCUCCUGUCACCAUCUCUGGUCCAGUGCUGCUUAAUUUCUACUCUAACUCACACACCACGGACUUUGGAUUCAAGCUUUCUUAUCAGAUAACCUCCUGUGGUGGUGUGUUCAACUUCUCCUCUGGACUCAUCAGAAGCCCUGCCUAUUCGUAUUCAGACUAUCCUAACGAUUUGUACUGUUUGUAUAAUAUCACUGUGAGAGACCACAAAGUGAUUCUGCUCAAGUUCAUUGAGUUUGAUGUGGUUCUCUCCACCUCCUGCUCUCAAGACUACCUGGCAAUUUAUGAUGGUGAUGACAUCAGUGAUCCACUUCUCGGCCAAUUCUGUGGUUCCAGGCUUCCACCACAUGUGAAAAGCAGCAAUAAUAGCAUGCUCCUGGUGUUCAAGACAGAUUCAUUUCAAACAGCAAGAGGUUGGAUGGUAUCUUUCCGGCAGACGUUGGGGCCUCAGCAAGGAUGCGGUGGCUAUCUGACAGGCUCAGAUCACACCUUCGCCUCUCCUGAUUCUGAUUCCCAUGGAAGAUACGACAAGCAUCUAAACUGCAUCUGGUUCAUAAUUGCACCUGUGAACAAACUCAUUAAACUCACCUUCAACACGUUUGCUCUGGAGUCAGCAUUUAUCUUGCAAGGAUGCUUUUAUGACUAUGUGAAGUUAUAUGAUGGGCAGAGUGAAAACGCCAAGUUGGUUGGAACCUUUUGUGGCUCCUCUGUUCCUGCUCCCUUCGUCUCUUCUGGUAACUUCCUGACAGUUCAAUUUGUCAGCGACGGAACUGUAGAAAGGGAAGGAUUUAAUGCAACAUAUACCUUUAUCGACAUGACUUGUGGUGGAACAUAUAAUGCAACUUGGACGCCGCAAAAUAUUUCGUCACCCAAUUUAUCAAACCCAGACGCCCCACUUUCCACCUGUACGUGGGUCUUCGAAGCUCCUCCACACCAACAGGUUGAGAUAACUGUGUGGGCAUUACAGCUGUCCUUCCAGGACUGCCACCGGAAUUACUUAGAGUUUCAGGAUGCACCGGAGAGCGAUGGAAACCCAAGAAUUCACUUCUGUGGCAGAAAUGCUUCAGCCGUGCCAACGUUUUAUUCUUCUACGACCACUGCGGUUGUCAUGUUCAGAUUUGAAGUUUCUAGCAACAACUCCAGGGUGGGUUUUACCUAUCAGAUUGCAGGCUGUAACAGAGACUAUAACAAGGCCUUUGGCAAUCUGAGGAGUCCCGGGUGGCCCGGAGACUACAGCAGCAACGUGGAUUGCACCGUGACGCUCACAGCCCCACAGAACCACACCAUUUCCCUCUUCUUUCAUUCAUUCGGCGUCGAGGACUCAAGUGAAUGCAGACAUGACUUCUUGGAGGUGAGAGAUGGACGUGAUAGCAGCUCACCGCUGCUCGGCACGUACUGUGGAGCCCUGCUGCCGAGCCCCGUCUUCUCCCGCAACCACGAGCUCUACCUGCGCUUCAGGAGUGAUGGUGCAGCUUCCGGUCACGGCUACGAAAUUAUCUGGACCUCAUCCCCCUCUGGCUGUGGUGGAACUCUUUAUGGAGACCACGGCUCCUUCACCAGCCCGGGCUAUCCGGGCACUUACCCAAACAACACUCACUGCGAAUGGGCCAUCAUUGCUCCUGCUGGAAGACAUGUCACUGUCAGCUUUUACUUCAUUAGCAUUGACGAUCCUGGAGACUGUGUCCAGAACUAUCUGAUACUCUAUGAUGGACCAGAUGUUAAUUCUCCCCCCGCUGGACCAUAUUGCGGCACGGACACUAACAUAGCCCCCUUUGUGGCCUCCUCACACCGGGUCUUCGUAGAAUUUCAUGCGGCGUACGCGGCGCGCCCAUCAGCGAUCCAGUUAACCUGGGACAGCUAG